AUGAACGAUCUGGAUGAUUCGACUUUUAGGUUCUAUACAAGUCCAGAGGAUAGAAAUGAUUUGGUAAAUUAUAGAUCCUCACUGUCAAAUUUUAAUCAUGAUGAAUUUAUGCUUCAGUCCACAGCAAGACAAUCUGGCUAUGUAGUAAAUUCAUACAUACAUGGGAGAGCAGCUUCAGAAUAUAGCUGUAGUAGUGGUAGCUUUCGUGAUUUAAAUUCAAGUGCAGAACAAACCACUUUUGAGAGAUCGCUAUCUCCAGUUAACCGUACCUUGGAUACUACUACAUCUGAAGUUUCUACGAUUCCCUCUGCUAGAUCUAUUGUUGAACGUACUAGGAGGGGUAGAUCCCCAAGUCUAUCUUAUACAGUAACUACUUUGCAGGCUCAAAGAGGCAUUCAGCAAACAAUUAAAGGGUUAGUAAACAAUAACAAUAAUAUAGGCUGGAAUAAUAAUCAAUUAAUAAGUUCAAAUGAUAGAAAUCCAUUAAGCAUUUUAACUAUGAAAAGUAUUGAUUUAAAUCCGCCAUGUUUAAGUGAAGAUAAUUUUAAAAGGACCAGAGUAAUUAAUAAUGCUGUACUCAAUGGUCCUGGGGAAAAUAAAAAUUACACUAAUAAAACUGCAAGAUCUUCUCUUUGCACAUUUUUUAACUUAUGUAAUUGUUUUGGUCCUAGGGUCAAAGAUACCCAUAACUUAUAA